CCAAGCGCUCGCGCUGGAAAUCCUCCGUGAAGCGUCAUGCCAACGGAAUUAAAGCUGUAAAAGGUUUCACACGAGCGACGACCAAUAAAACGAGCUCAGGCUUCGUUUCUUAUUUAUUACACAGAAGUGAACACCAGAGUGACGCGUUUAUAGCUUCGGGUUUGCGUGAAAUAAUGUAAAAUGUCUCAUCUCCCCGGCAAUAGCGGCUAAAGGCAGAUACACACCUCCUCAUCAAGACUUCACACCUUAUUCUAACUAAUAUGUUAAACGCAGUCAGCACUAUGACUGAUGGGGAUUAUGAUUAUUUGAUUAAACUCCUGGCUCUCGGUGACUCAGGAGUGGGAAAAACAACCUUCCUAUACCGCUAUACCGACAACAAAUUCAACCCCAAAUUCAUCACUACCGUGGGCAUUGACUUCAGGGAAAAGAGGGUGGUGUACAGCGCUAACGGCCCUAAUGGAACUACAGGAAAGACAUUUAAAGUUCAUCUGCAGCUCUGGGACACAGCAGGACAGGAGAGGUUUAGAAGCUUGACGACAGCUUUCUUCAGAGACGCGAUGGGAUUCCUGCUCAUGUUCGACCUGACGAGCCAGCAAAGUUUCCUGAACGUCCGUAACUGGAUGAGUCAGCUACAGGCAAACGCCUACUGCGAAAAUCCAGACAUCGUUCUCAUCGGAAACAAAGCAGACCUGCCGGAUCAAAGAGAAGUUCAGGAGAAGCAAGCUAAAGAACUGGCAGAUAAAUACGGCAUCCCGUACUUUGAGACAAGUGCGGCGACGGGAGCAGCAGUGGAUAAAGCUGUGGUCAAUCUGCUCGACCUGGUGAUGAAGAGGAUGGAGCAGAGUGUGGAAAACCCAGAAAAGGUCGACGGACAUCACACAGAAGGAACCAGCAAACUGAGUGCUGAACCAACACCCGAGAAAAAAUGCUCCUGUUAGAAAUUGCCUUAUUGCAUCACCCUGUGGACGGAUUACAGUGGAGGUACAGAUUAGUCCUGUACGUACUCACGGGGUUGUGAAAGCAGAGCACUGGAUCUGUUUGCAAAUGCAUUUAAAAUAUCUGAACAUUUUUUUUGUUUGUUUCUUUUGUUUGUUUGUAGUACAUCUAAUGCAUUUUGAAGAAAAAAAAAAAUCUGGUUAAUAAGCUUUCAGCAUUUUUCCACCUCAUAAUUGGUCAUUUAAACAGCGAUUCUUUAUAACAGUAUUUAUUUCUUUAUAAAUUCUUUUAUGACAGGUUCUGAGUUUUUUUUAAAUACUCAGCUUUUAAAUACUUGCAUUAAAGCAUGAAUACAAUUACGUAUGACAGAAUGUAAGGAUUUUGGUCUCCAGUCCACUUUCCUGAUAUGAAUGCUUUCUGCCCUUUAAUUGCUCAUGACUAGAGAGAUAUAUGUAUAUUUUUGUGCGUGUUGUAUCUCCAAUGCGUUUUGAGAUGUUCCUGGAAUUGUUCUAGUCAACAAGAUACUCAUCUUUUCCUUGUUGUGUUUGAUUAGAAUAUCUGUUAUAUAUGUUUAUCUACAACAGAGCUAUUCUAGCUAUAUUACAUUUGAACUAAUAUAAGAAUUCAGAGAAAACUAUUUAAGACUGAAUAUCUAUAAAGAUUUUAAAUAUACAGAUUAGAAUCUACAGUGCCCGUAACGUCCAUUUUACAAACCGUAUGUUUUUGUUUCCACACUGUUUUUCUGUGUGGAACUGUUGAGCUGUUUUUCACCAGACCCGAACCCUAAAACACAAUUAAGUACAUUUUCUUUAUAGGUCCAACUUUAAAGGAUGCUGGGUAUUAUUCUGUCAUGAUGAUGUAGCGUUGUCAUGGAGACUCAUAUUUUUAGUAUUCAUCUAAAUAUGUUGAGGAAAAGCAACAGAUUAGGCUUGGUUCUAAAAGACUGCAUGACUUUCUUUGGCUGUUAGAAUUGCUAAUUUAAGAUUCAGUAGUUGGAUGUAUGCACUUAUUUUCUGUUUAAUGCACAGCAGAUACCUCCACAGCGAGUCUGGGGUAUGAGCUGAAGCUGCAGGUUGUGCUCUUUCCUCCAAACUUUAGUUAUUUCCUUACAUCAUCUCGCCUCCAUGAUGCCAAAGUGCUUUAGACAGUGUGUGUUAGUUUAAUGGUGUCAUUUAUCAUUCUAACCACUUUGUCUAUUAUGUGUAGCUCAAAAACAAACAAACAAAAAAAACAACAACUCAGACUGCCUACAUAAUAGCCUUCUUGCAUGCUGUUUGUGUGCCAAAAACACUUUUUGUAUUGUAUUCAUUAGUUUAAUACACCUUACCUUUGACAAUACAUGCAGAUUCAUUAUCAUGUGUCUGUGCUCCAAUAUGGACCACAAGAGUUUAGUGGGUUUUUUUUUUAAUAGAAUGGUUCGUUCCACUUUACAGCAGACAAAAAUCCGUCUUAUACAUAAAAUAAUUACAUUUCCUGUGUUUAAAGCCCCUAAACCUGAAUGUACACAACAUAUCUUUUCAGCUUUUAGACACACAAUACUUAUACUCCCAAUCUUAUCCACAUCAUAAUGAAGGAAACUUGUCAAAAUGAAGACUUUACAUUAUAAUACACUAAAACACUAUUAAAUAGAGUCACUGAGGGAAAAUUAAAGGGUAUGUCAUAAAUUUAGAACUCAAAUUUAGGCUGUUUUAGUGUAUUCAGUACUAAACUAAACUGAGCACACUAAGAUAAACCUAAAGCCUGUUUGGGGCCACAAGUGUAGCUAGAUCGAGUGAGAUGUUAAAUAAAAUAUAGCUAACAUACAAUUUAUUACAUUCCACAAGGACUGGAAUGUUAAACAGUAUCAGUGAUCACAGCUAAUUCCAAGGGAUAAAAUUACCCAGUGUUCACUGUGCAUUAUGGGAACUGCUCACGUUCCAUUAGGCACUGAGAAAUAAAUCAUAUAAAUGGCAAUGAAAAGUCUUGUUCAAAUGGAUUCUAUGCAUUUCUUGUGUUUGGGACAUUUCCUAAAGUGACUAAGCUCCAGUAAGUACACUUGAUAGAGGUUUACAGAGUAAUUGUAGUGUUUAGGACAGAGCCCUAGUGUGAGCACCGAACAUUUGUGUUUUUAAAUAAAUGCAUGUGAUAAACUGAGGUUGUUUAAUAGAAGACAUUUCUAUCACGUCCAAAAGGGUAACCCAUAACUUUCAAAAUCACUUAUAACAGUUCUGGAAGAAAUUUAUGUAGAAUUGAAUUAACUGGCUUUGCAAAAUCAACUUAAAAUCACUUAAAGCACAAGUUUAAGCAAUGCAACAGCAUACGCACUGCUUCAAAAAAUGUAUAUGAUUUUAUGGUAGUAAUGUUAGCUUUUUUCCACCAUCAGUGCCAAAACUUUUUUCAAUACACAUUUAUUCAUCUCUAGGUUGCCUUUAUGGCAAAUGGACAUAAUUUGCAUUGUCUUGCUUUCAUAAAUUGGAAGGGAAAAGAAACAAAUAUCGUUUUUGGAGCAAAAUGUUCUCUCGGAAUGAGAAACGCGUGCAAAAAAAUAAUUAUUUAUGAUCUCAUCAGCCUUUGAGCAGAACACAAUUAACCCAAAAAAAAAAUAAUAAUCUACCCAAUACUUACAGUUUACAUUAGUUUACUCUCAUUGUGCCUGUCUAGUUCUACUGACCAAUGAUUUGCUGUGCAAUCUCACAGACCUUUAUUACAGUAUGUACACAGUUCUUAGAUAAAUGAAUACAUAUAACGUUGGUAUGGAGUGAAAAGGAAACCAGGUUUACCAACUGUUUACUUUUAGAACAUUAAAUUAUGAGUGUUCUGUAUGUUCCUUAUAAAUAAAGAAAAACACUUACA